AUGCAUCGCCGCCCGGGCGUAGAUCUCCACCGUCCCAAUCGACCCGCCCGGGGCCCCGCGCCGCCCUCCGCACGCAAGGGAUCAAAAGGUGGGGAAUCUGGCCGCAAAAAGAAGCAAGAGCCCCCAGAGGACGCCAAACAGCUGGGGCUUGAUGAGCUGGUCGACCCCUACAAGCUCGGGCGCCGAUCCCGGCAGGCCUUCGACGACGUCUGGCAGCAGUUCGUGCGCGUGGCUCAGCCCACGCGGUCGUUCUCCUCCGACGACGACCCCUCCCUGCUGGCGGGGACAUCGAUGGACUUGGGCGCGCCGCUGGCGGCCAUCACGACGGUGCUGGUGGUGGGCGCCACGGGGCGCGUGGGGAAGAUCAUCCUGCGCAAGCUGCUGCUGCGGGGCUACGACGUGAGGGCGCUGGUGCGCGGCGGCGACGGCACGGCGUCCGAGAUGCCGCCGGCUGUGGGCGUGGUGGAGGGCGACGUGUGCGACUACGGGAAGUGUCUGGAGGCGGUGCAGGGCGUGGACAAGAUCAUCUAUGCUGCUGGAGCUCGAUCGUUUAUCACAGCAGACAUCAGGAGGGUGGAGUCCGAAGGUGUCGCAACACUUUGCAGAGCCUUCCUGGAUUGUCGGUGGAAGAAGGCCAAAGAGCGUGGGGCGUAUGGACGCUCGUCCAAGAGGCAGGUCGCCAACUUCAAAUUCUCUGACACCUGCAACGCAUGGCAGGUUGAACUGGUUGGCAACCCAAAGGACAGGUCACAGAUUGCCAAAGGCAUGAAGCUGUCCGAGUUCGAUGGUGCCCGGCAGUGGAGGUGGAGGUCGGACACUGCCACACUUCAGCAGACAGAUGAAGGAAACCUUCUGUUUGAAGGUCAGGUUGGCACUGUAGGGGGUGUUGCUGAGGUAGGGGCCCCUGUCAAUGUGGCUGAUAGUGCACUUGACAACUGUGAGGCGUUGGUGCUGCGAGUGAAGGGUGAUGGUAACCCAUACUCGAUGAUCAUUUCAGCAGGUGCGUGA